GUUCCAGAUUUUAUUCAAAUUUAACUUGCAAAUGGCUUAUUGCUUAUGACUGGUCCAUGGCGGAAUUUUGCUUAUCCCAUUAAAAGGUGAAAUUCUGCUGAGCAGGCCUGUAAAAUUUGAUUCUCAUUGGUUACUUUUCUCAUGCUCAGAGUUAGCCUGGUGAGCCAGAGGCACAGCCCUGCCGUGGUGGUUCAGCAGGUGAGGGAGUCAGGACUACAGACUAAUAUAGCCCCCGGUCAGACUCUACCAGUUUCUGUGACUUUCAAAUGGCAGACACAAGAACGAGAUGUUCAAGGAUGCACGGGUGAGACAUCAUUUGUUCUGGAGGUAACUUCACAGGGAAGUGGCUCCAAGCAGUUGACUGUUACAUUGAGGUGUCGCAAAGCGGGAGAGUCCUUUCUCUUCACUUUCCUUGAUCACGAUGGCUCAGUCCAGCUUGCUGCUGCCAUUCAACCGUUAGAGGAUUGCCCUAAUAAUGUUUGCCCGGUGUUAAUAAGUCUUCAUGGCACAGGAGUUGGUGCUCAAAAUCAAGCUGAUGGGUAUAAAAGAAUGCAAGAUGGUAGAUGGAUCUUUGGACUGGAAACAGCAUGGGUUUUAGCACCCACUAGGCAUGGUGCUCACAACUGGGAGGGACCAGGAGCUCUAACAGCGAUGACAGCAUUGGAGAUCUUGCAAAAGUUGACCCAAGACUCCGCUUGGAUACCGAACAAGGCCGAUGCCCAACGUGUCAUCUUUGCAGGUCACUCAAUGGGAGGUCACGGAGCGUGGCAUCUAGCAACCCACUACCCUGACCGGGCCCUCGCUGUCAUCUCAUUGGCUGGCUGGAUCAAAAAGGAGGAAUACGGUGACAGCAAUUUGUUUUUUCGGCAUGAUUUGAGUACAAGCUAUACAGAUCCUGCCAUCAAAGCAAUUAUGGAGGCUUGUGUUGCCGAAAAUGAUGCAGACAAACAUGCUUCUAAUCUGAAGGGAAUUCCAGUUCUGGCAAGAAUUGGUGCACAGGAUCGAACGGUGCAUCCAUACUUUGUAAGGCGAAUGGUUCGACUUCUGAAAGAAGCAGAUGUGAACACAACCUACAGUGAGAUAGCAGGCAAGGAGCAUUGGUGGUGGGAUACGUGGAAAACCAAUGAUGGGGGUGCAGUCAACGACCCCCAACUACGCAACUUCACCAACCAAGUUGCCAGGCGGUCGUGGGAAGGCACCCAUGUAGCAUCGUCUUGUACUACGGACACCUGCACAUCCGGGGAAUUGUCACCCUCAGCCCCCAGCAUUGGAAAGCAGAGAUACAGUCAGAAAGGAGUGCCAGACUUGAUAGAAGAGGGGGAGACAGAUUAUACACUCAGUGUGGUGAACCCAGCGUUGGGGGAGGGACUUUUUGGGGUUCGAGUCCUGCGACAGAAGGUGCCAUUUAGAAUGAGCACAGUGCAAAUACGUUUCAGUGGCAAGCAGGCCCGUCUCACAACAGGCAAUGUGGCAGCUCUUAGUUUUUCUGAAGUUGGCCGUCUCUUGCUGCCUUGGAGAGAACGAGAGAUUCAGGUUGAUGGCCAACAGCAUUGCUUUCAUGGCACUGGGGAACCAAAACAAGAAAUGAGAAUUUGCCGGAAUGACAAGGGUUCGUGGGAUGUCUACAGUGAAGACCCAUUGGCAUCUUUGACACACCGAGGUCCUGCCAACCUUGGGCCAGCCAGGAGGGUAGCUGAAAAUCCGUUCCUCAUUGUAUCAGGGACAAGGGAUAAAUCUCUGAGUGCCAAACUGCUGCAGUUGGCCGUUUACGUCGCAAACCUCUUCUACCUUACCUCGGAUACGGUUGCCAUGGUAACGCAGGACCACACGCUGAGCGAGGAGAUUGCAGCUUCACACAAUCUGAUCGUCAUUGGUGGGCCGUCUGAAAAUUCAUGGGCACAGACGUUCCUGAACAUGGUACCUCUGACAGCAACUGAAAAUGGCCUUGAGCUUGGCGAUUGUGUAUUCAAAGAGAAGAGAACUGGGGCCCUGUUUCUGGCUCCCCAUCACGACGGUAGACUUGCCUUGGUCCUGAUGGGGAACUCCCUCCAAGGAAUCGAAGAUGUGGUGCAUCUGGCUAGCCCCACCAUCCCACCCAUGACACGCUCCCCUUUCUCAAACCUGAUCCCAGACUUUGUCCUGACCGGCCCAGGGUUUGGAUCCAAGGGACCCGGCGGAUACCUAUGCACAGGCUUCUGGGGAAACCAUUGGGACUUCAGACAAGAACUGGUUUCCUGUACGUGCUGAAUCUGAAUGAGAGGUUAGAACCUCUGCACUUUUAUCAAAGCAGGAGGUAUGAUGGGUUCGAGUCAUCAGUGGCGUAAAUCCAAGCCGACGACUGGGGGUUGGAGUGGGGGAUGAUGCGCUGCAAUCCUGAAACUUUCUUAGACAAGAAAAGCGCGGGGAAUUGGGGGACUGGACACCACUUGUUACUAGCUGAUGCUGUUCAUAGUCUGUUCAGAGCCGUAUAUAGAGGGAGCUGCGACGUGAAGUACUUUUUUUUCUGUGAUCCCGUGAUUUGUGGAUGCCAUUUUGGGUCAAAUUGGCAACAAAUUAAUCGGAAACUUUGCUGGGCUGUUGUGCCUUGGGAUUCAGCAAUCGGUAAGACAAAGGAUUUAAACUUUUGUUAGGGUAAUCAAAAGCGAGUUACUUUCAUGCGGAAACAUCUGUCCAGCCUUGGACUGAACGAAAAUCACAAGUUUACAGAUUAACUACAACAUAUUCCAUGUGACUGACACAGCAUUUGUCAUUCACGAAUGUACGAGAUGAGUGUUAGCACGUGUACACGGCACGAGAACAACACUGUCGACGUGACAGAAGAUUAGAAAAACUGGUUACUAGGCACUACGCAAGCUGAGUUGGAUCCCAAAUUGGGUCCAAAUUGGUACUUUCAUAACUCUCGCUAGCGGCGGUGUACAAGCAGUCUAGUCAUAUAUGGAUACAUAAUAUGUACAUUAUGAGCGCUUCACUCAAUUCUUUUAGUUGUGUAAAUUUAACUUACUUUCUUGAGUAGUUUCAACGAUGUUUUGUUUGGUUUUUUGUUCAGCUCACAAAUCUAUAGUGGAAUGAUCCAAUUAUCCAUCCCCAAAAGGUGGGGAAUGUAUCCUCUGUCACCCCGGAUUUAAAGGUAAAGGGGACGCACCCUUAUUAAAUUUAUUUAAUAAAUAAAUAAAUAAUAAAUAAACCUGUGUUCACAG